AUGAUUAUAACUGGUGCCACAAGUGGGAUUGGCAAAGGAGCGGCUUUGGAAAUGGCCAAAAGGAAGUGGAGUCUGGUUUUGACUGGUCGAAACGCUGAAGCAAUGAAAGAAAUUGCUGAAGAAUGCAAAAAGUUGGGAGCUGAAAAGGUAUGGAUAAUAUAAUAUUCUUAUCUUUUAAUACCUGAUUUAGUUUGCAUAUUUACUCUUUAUCUACUGAAGCAUGCUGAAUAUUUUUUAUAUAAUUAUAAUUAAAACUUAUAAAGUCAAUUUAUUGGUUGGAAUCUAAAUUUUGUUGUAAAGGAAUGUCAUUUUAGGUAACAUAUUUGUAAAUAAUGUACUUUAGGUAACAUACACUCUCGGAGACCUGACUGAUCCAUCUGUGGCUAAGAAGAUAGUAGAUCAUGCUUUGAAAGAGUUUGGAAAGAUAGAUUGUCUGGUGAACAAUGCUGGUAUGUUAGUUACAGGUAAUCUUGAGGAAGCCAAAGAUGAUUUGACUGACUUCGAUGCUCAAAUGGAAGGAAACGUCAAAACGUAAGUUGAGGGUUGUUAAAAUAAAUUUAAUAUAUGAAUAUGUAUACGGUUGAAGGAUUGCUUCGACAGUGAAUUAAAUAGAACAGAGUUAUCUCUGUCUAUAGAGGACUGGGGACAGUCUAUUGUGUUAUAAGAUAACAUUUACAGAGUAGUCCGACUGACCAAAGUAGCUCUGCCACAUAUUAUUAAGUCAAAAGGUACCAUUGUAAACGUGAGCAGUGUUUGUGGUACUAAUUCAACACCAGCUGCUUUCUACUACUGUAUGUCAAAGAGUGCUCUGGAUCAAUUUACAAAAUGUUUGGCUAUGGAAUUGGCAGGGAAAGGUGUGAGAGUCAAUUCUGUUAAGUAAGUUGAUAAGUUUAUACAGAUUUUAUUUUAAGAAUUUAAACAUAUUUUAUUUUUAAAAUGAGGUGCGUUACUAUUCCUUCAUGUUUUCAGUCCCGGCGUGAUUUACAGUGAAAUUCAGCGACGUUCUGGGCAAUCUGAAGACACAUAUCAAAAGGUAACUUUAUUUUUGUGCAUUGGGUGGGCAUGUUAUCCCUGGUUGGAAAAUAUAUACAAAAUCUUUAUCGCAAAGCUAAAUGUGAUUUUUUCAAAAAAAAAUUAUUUUAACUGUAGUUGUUUUACCUUACAGUACCUCGAGCGCAGUAAAUUAACUCAUCCAAUGGGCCGCGUUGGAUAUCCUGAAGAGACGGCAAAGGCCAUAGCUUUCCUGGCUUCAGAUGACUCUUCUUUUACUACUGGCGAGCUUCUGAAAGUUGAUGGUGGAAGAGCCAUCUACACUUUUGACUAA